UUGUUUGUACGCGACAAGUGCGGCUUCAAUAGCUAUAUCCAUCUGACUAACCCAGUCGUCGAAUCACAAAAAAAUUAGGGCUUCGAAAACCCUAAAAAAAGAGAGAGCUCUCGUUGAAGAAAAAUGGUGUUCUACUUCAAGGCUCGACCAGAAGCAGGUGAUUACACCAUCUUUAUGGGUCUUGAUAAGUAUGAGAAUGAAGAACUCAUCAAAUAUGGCUUCCCUGAGGACGUUUGGUUCCAUGUGGAUAAGAUGUCAUCAGCCCAUGUUUAUUUGAGACUGAACAGGGGUCAAACAUUUGAUGAUAUACCGGAAGGUGUAUUGGAGGAUUGUGCUCAACUUGUCAAGGCGAAUUCUAUCCAAGGAAACAAGGUAAACAAUGUCGAUGUUGUUUAUACUCCAUGGCAAAACCUUAAGAAGACUGCUUCCAUGGAUGUUGGGCAAGUUAGUUUCCACAACCCAAAAAUGGUUCGUACCGUGAGGGUUGAGAAGCGAAUAAAUGAGAUAGUCAAUCGAUUAAACCGUACAAAGGUGGAAAGGACGCCCGACUUAAAAGCUGAGCGGGAGGCCAUCAAUGCAGCUGAAAGGGCAGAGAGGAAGCAGCAGCUUAGGGAGAAAAAACGACGAGAGGAGAUGGAUAGGCUUGAGAAGGAAAGACAGUUGGAGAUGAGGAGCUACAAAAAUUUGAUGGUUGCUGAUAAGAUGACAUCUAACAAAGACGUUGCAUCAGCUAACAAGUCCCUGCAAGAGCUGGAGGAAGACUUCAUGUGAAUGCAAAAUCAACUGGAUUUAAUUCUUUCAAUUGCUGCCUUGUUUAGGAAAUGCUAAAUGAGAAAGCUGCUUAAGAAGAAUGCAGAGAAGAAAAGGGAGAAUGGGGCUGGGGCAUGGGGUUGAGGUAAUCUUUUUUGUUGUUGUGUGUUCUUUUGAAACAAUUAUGGUCCUUAUUAAAACAUGAUCAUAUUGAUCUUUGUAGGCCUGAACCUGUUUGUUAAUAAGGGGUAUAGGAGAGUAUGGGUUUAGAGUUCAAGGAGAAGCUUACUUUGUAAAACCAGUGUUAAAUUUAAUGAUGCUGAUGAAGAUGACUUGUUAUGAUGAGGAGCAUUUCAUUGA